AUGGCUGCCUCCAUAAAAUUUUCCAAAUCUGAUACCCCAGAUUUUGAGGAUGAUACAUUAUAUCGCAGCAUUGUGGGAGGUUUGCAAUACCUCUCAGUGACAAGACCAAACAUCUCUUACUCCGUCAACAAGGUUUUCCAAUUCAUGCAUUCCCCAAAAGCCCCUCAUUGGAGUGCCUUGAAGCGCAUCCUUAGAUAUUUGAAAGCCACCAUAAAUGAUGGUAUGUUCUUUGCAUCCAAAUCAAGUCUUACUCUCCAAGCUUACUCGGAUGCCGAUUGGGGAGGGGGUUGUCCAGAUGAUCGUCGUUCCACGGGAGGGUUUUGGGUCUAUCUCGACAAACACCUCGUCACUUGGAGCUUCAAAAAAUAA